AUGACUUCCGACAAUACCACGCUCUUAGACGUUCUGCGAAGCCGUUCAUUAGUCGACUGUGAUACUUUCGAUGAUCUAGUACCAAAGUCGCUAGGACCUUUCAUUGAUUGCACUUCAAACCAAGCAAUCGCAUACCAUGAGCUUACACGUUUGGAUGGCAACAACACACCGGUUCAUGCUCAGUUGAUCAAAGAGUCGGUUGAAUACGCCAGAUCAAAGCGAGAUGCAUAUACUAACCUUGAGGGAGCCGAACUCGCUGUUGAAUGCAUGAUGGUCAAGCUUGCGCUACGAAUUGUGCCUCACUUGAGUGGAUACUCCCACAUUCAAACCAACCCCAAGUACUCCUAUGACAUUCAGAAGACCAUCGCAAAUGCAAGACGCAUUGUCCAAACCUUCAAAGACCUUGACCCCUCUUAUGACAGCAAAAGAGUGUGCAUCAAAAUCCCAUCCACAUGGGAAGGACUUCAGGCAUGCCGUGUCCUAGAGGCCGAGGGUAUCACUACCUUGGCGACGACUAUGUUCUGCAUGGAACAAGCAGCGCUAGCAUCCGACGCAGGUUGCACAUAUAUUGCUCCUUAUAUUAACGAGCUGCGCGUGCACUUUGAACCAGGAUACGUUGAUGAGUUCAAAGCGUUCAGCUUUUGUGGCGAGGCACAAGCCUUUUAUGAGAAGGUUGGAAGCAAGACGCAGGUGCUGCCAGCCAGUCUCACAAGCAUCGAAGAGGUCAUGAUGCUGGCUGGAGCGCACCAUAUUACCAUAUCGCCACCUCUAUUGAUCAAGUUGGCUGAAACCCCUGCCAAUCUGUGGGGAGGUGACACGGGUUCUGUUUUCGCAAAGAUCAACCAGAAACCUUUCAGCGACUAUAGUUCAAUUCUGAAGGAUGAGGGCGCUUGGCGCUUGGCUUUCACUCGCAGCGAGGAUGGUCGCAGUGAAGGCAAGAAUAUCCAAGCCAUCAACAUAUUCUGUGAAAAGCAGGAUGGGUUGGAAGGCUUGGCACGAGCUGUUUGAGGUGCGAUUUUCUUUUAUUUUGGGGGGGGG